UCCUGCGCUGAGGUGCGGUCCGUCUCCGCUGCGCUGCAGCCGCAUGCUGCAGGGGGAGCAUCCGUCCACAGCCCGCAGUGGUGCGAUGCGCGCCGGCCGCCCAACAACACUCGCCCCUGCUCCGUUUUUCCACAUCUAAUCCCAUUUGCAAAGACCACCGAGGGACAAAUUAAUUGGGAGUGGGCGAGCUGCGCGCGGGAGGGAGGUGAUACUGCCUUAAUAACAGCGCGUGUCUUUACUGAGAUGGGGAAGGUGCUUCCUCAGGUUUUUGACUGUCUGCAUAAUUUCUGGAACUCCAGGUGCCUACAGAAGUUGCCCUUUCAAUGACCGGAUAGAGGCAGCAAGGUUUUAGGAUGCGGUCCCUGAGGAAGACGCUGUUGAUCGCCAUCCUGGCCUCUGUGGUGUUAGUGCUGGCCCUCAUCCAUUCGUGGCCCACUCGGGCCUACACCACAGUGGACGUGUGGCAAAGGCCGGGGCCGGUGGCAGAGCGGCACCUGGAGGAGCGGCUCCUCGACCAGGACCACAGAUUAAGCCAUAUCCCAUUUCACGUGAGGGACAGCGUGGCAAGCUUGUUGGCACGUAAUGGGUGUGUAUGUGAGGGCGAGAGCGGCGGAGUCAACCUGCCCUUUGCCCAGCUCUUGUUCCCGCGAGUGUCGGCUCACCCGCUGCACACUGCCUUCGAGGCCUCCGAGCUGGAGGAAAUGAAGAGGAGACGGGCCAAAGAGUUCCAGAGUUUUCAGAAGAGGUCAAAGACACCUGCGGAUGUGCUGAUUAUCGCAGACGCCAACAGUCCCUUACAGUAUCCCACACAGGGGGUGGAGGUACGACCCCUGAAAACAAUCAUCAUCCCAGGCUUGGCCUUACACGACCUGCCCAGAGACCAUCACUCAAUAAACAUCACUGCCACGCUGGGAACAUUAAACGUGGCGGCAGAGGUGGACGGGGUGAAAAUUAAAGGUGACGGCGAGAUGCACAUGACUCUUUCCAGCGGCCUGCUGCCCAACCUGAACCGACAGCUGCAGUUUGUCACCUACACAAACACGCUGUUUCACCCCAGCACCGCAGAUACAGUGCAGCUUGAGACGGACGGACAUCAAGCUGUGUUCAGCAUCAAGAUCCGUCACGGUGUCACACCUAAACUGUACAACACAGGAUCCAAAGGAGCAGAGUACAACGUCAGCGCGCUCGUGACCGUCGCCACCAAGACAUUCCUGCGUUACGACAAGCUUCAGGAUCUCAUCGACAGCAUCCGGAGAUACUAUCCCACCAUCACCAUCGUAAUCGCCGAUGACAGUGAAAACCCCAAAACGAUCUCCGGGCCCCACAUUGAACAUUACAUCAUGCCCUUCGGAAAGGGAUGGUUUGCCGGACGGAACCUCGCCGUCUCCCAGGUGACCACGAAGUACGUCCUGUGGGUGGACGACGACUUCAUCUUCACGGCCAACACCAAGCUGGAGAAGCUUGUAGAUGUUUUGGAGAGGACCACUCUGGACUUGGUGGGCGGAGCAGUGCGUGAGGCCACAGGGUACACUGCCACCUACAGACAGACCAUCUCCAUCGAGCCGGGAGAGGAGGACGGCGACUGUUUACACAUGAGGAGAGGGUUUCACCACGUCAUCCAAGGCUUCCCCAACUGCGUCGUCACUGACGGCGUCAUCAACUUCUUCUUGGCUCGCACCGACAAAGUCCAGCAGGUCGGCUUUGACCCGCGUCUGGCCCGGGUCGCUCACCUGGAGUUUUUCAUUGACGGACUUGGAUCUCUCCACGUGGGAUCCUGCGACGACGUCAUCGUCAAUCACGCCACCAAAAUCAAGCUCCCCUGGGUCAGCCAGUCAGAAAGCGACAAGACGUACGCCAAGUUUCGAUAUCCGCCCGCCUCCUCCGACGCCACGCACACGAAAAACGGCCUCCUGUUCUUCAAAAACCGUUUCCAGUGUUUGACUCACAAUUAGUUGCUCGUUUCCUCGCCGCCCCGACGGUUCCUCUGCUCUUCCUGAGUUGCCAAAGAAGUUCUCCUCCAUCGCACCCACAGAGAUAGGAUUUGGUUCGCCUUUUCUUGAAAAGCUCGACCACUUUUCAGGCCGUCGAAGCAGUUUUAUCAUGUUUGGUCCUUUAGUGCAUUAAUAUUCAGUGGCGGAAAGUUCAGACUUUCCUCUGGAGAGAAAGUGGGAGAGACUCAUCCUUGGUCUGGUCCCAGAAUUAUAGUCUUUCUUGAUGUAUUCAGGGUAUAAAGGGAUCAUGCCUCCUAAAAUCUUACCCGAAUCUCUCAUUCUUGGGCCCCGUUUUGAAACAUCUCAGUAGGUAGCAUCCAGACAGUGUGUACCACUUCAUUUCACCGCGGUCUGAUGGGACUGGAGGUCUGUGUGACCUCCUUUAAUUUGCACUAUCCAAAAAUAGACUGAGCUUGAAAAAAAAAAAAAAGCAAUAGUGGCAUCCGAGAGCCUGAACGCAGAAGACACAGACACUUCCGACAAAGUGACAAUCCUGCAGAGUCAGAGAGAGAAAAAAAAAAAAGUAUCUUCUCACCUUUGCCACAUGAAGAACACAUUCAGAAUCUUUUUUUCAAGCGUGGUA